GGGAGCUCAUUACUGAGGCCUCCUGCUUUGGAGUUAUUCCUUGAUUUUUCCUAUAUUUCUUGAUUUGAUUUCUGUAUUACUUUAAGCUUAAUGUAAUUUUCAUUUGUUUUCAACAGCCUAUUGUCUUUAGGAAAUGGCCUCUUCUAAAUCCCUGAUGAACCUUCUAACCUUCACUUUUGGAUCAGCAGUAGGAUUUUUCCUAUGCUAUCUCUUGUUCAGCAUGAUCCUAGAAGAACAGGUUAAGAUCCAACCUCACAUUCUUCACAAUGAUCCACAUGGCCAACAUUCAGCAGAUUCUGGUAGUAAUCAGCUGCAAGGACAGAUGAAUUUCAAUGCAGACUCUGGACAGCAUAAAGAUGAAAAUAAAAAUAUUGCAGAAGGACUCUAUCAGAAGGUGAAAAUACUCUGUUGGGUGAUGACUGGACCUCAGAAUCUGGAAAAGAAAGCCAGACAUGUUAAGGCCACUUGGGCCCAACGUUGUAAUAUAAUACUUUUUAUGAGCUCUGAGGAAAAUAAAGACUUUCCAGCUGUGGGCCUAGAAACCAAAGAAGGGAGGGACCAACUCUACUGGAAGACUAUUAAAGCUUUUCAAUACGUUUAUGACCAUUAUUUUGAUGAUGCUGACUGGUUUAUGAAGGCAGAUGAUGAUACGUAUGUUAUAUUGGACAAUUUGAGAUGGCUGCUUUCAAAAUACAGUCCUGAACAACCAAUAUACUUUGGAAGGAGGUUUAAACCUUACGUGAAACAAGGCUACAUGAGUGGAGGAGCAGGAUAUGUUCUAAGCAAAGAAGCUCUGAAGAGAUUUGUUACAGCAUUUAAAACCAACAAGUGCUCUCACAGUUCUUCUAUUGAAGAUCUAGCACUAGGAAAAUGCAUGGAGAUUAUUAAUGUGGAAGCAGGAGAUUCUAGAGAUACAAAUGGUAGAGAAACUUUUCAUCCUUUUGUUCCAGAACAUCUCUUAAUCAGAGGAUACCUACCAAAAACUUUCUGGUACUGGAAUUAUAAUUAUUAUCCUGCUAUAGAGGGUCCUGGAUGCUGCUCUGAUCUCGCAGUUUCAUUCCACUAUGUUGAUUCGAUGACUAUGUAUCAGUUGGAGUAUUUGAUUUAUCAUCUCCGUCCAUAUGGGUAUUCGUACCGGUACAAUCCUGAUUCUGUAAAGAAUCUAGAAGAGCAGAACAAAAAUGAAGCACUGGAGGAUAAUCAAAAACUAAAGCAAAAAAUUUCUGAGAAUUAAUCAGGCUUUGAAGAGAACUGAGAGAGGCCAGUAUGGUGAGCAAGAAUCUCCUUGAACUCCUGCAUUGAGCUUGGACAGAAAACCAGACUCACUCGUGGUGAUUUUUACAUCCCCAAUCAUACGUUGGCAGUAUUUUCUGUCAAUAGCUGUGUAAAACAGGGUCUAGUGCUGGCUCUGAC